AUGAAACCACUAAAGGCUUUCAAGAAGGAGGAAAACAUCUUCAUUGUUCCUGGAGAUAAAGGAAGCUCAGCUGUUAUCUUGCACAAAUCAACCUACCAUGCGACGAUGCUAUCAUUGCUAGAAGACAAGUCAACCUAUACACCACUUAAAACGGACCCCACCAAAACGCAGGAUGCAGCUAUUGAUAAGGUUCUUAAACGUCGUACGAGCAAGAAGGACAUAGCAGGAGCCAAACCGAAAGAAACACAGCUAAUAUCAACGGACGGUCUUAUAAACACAAAUCCGACUUACCACUACGUAAAAUGGAAUCAUUAA